AAAUAUAGAUCUAAUUAUAAUCUAGAUUUUUUUAGAUCUAGAUUCUAGAUCUAGAAUCUAAUCGGAUUGCCAGUUUGUUUACUUAACUUCCGGCUACCUCCGUCAUCUGUUCUAUAUUUACAUGUUGCAGACUACUUCCGAGGCUUUAGGCCAAAAUUGUUACAUCUAGAUCUAGCCUUGUCUAGGUUCUACGGAUUAUUAAAUGCACAAAUCUUCUAUACAAAGCACUAGAUCUAUAUUUUGUUCAAUGGCUAAUUUACAAUUGGCACCAGACAUGUAGAUUAUAAACAAAUUAUAGAUCUAGUUAGUAACUAGACUAGACUGAGUUGUGAAUGAGCUGGCUGGAGCCAGAAGGUGGAGCUGCUGAGAUGGAGGAGAACCCUGACCCAGAGGAAGACACAGAUUUGCCUGGGAGGGUACACCUGGUGGGCCGGGCUCGCUCUGAGGAGGACGGCCCUGAGGAUGAUCUCAGCAUGUCUGGCCAUGCUGAUGAGCCAGCAGAGGAUCAUAGAGUAGAGACCAACCAGGACUGGCCAGUGGAAGCCAGUGCAACAGUUGCUGGAGUGAACACACAUGAGCCUGAAGGUAGCCUGGACCUUACAGCAGCUCAUGCUUGUGGUCAGCUCAAGGAAGAGGCUAGAGUCUACAGGGAGGGGGAUGAAGAAGCUGCAGCUAGAGUCUACAGGGAGCAGGAUGAAGAGGCUGCAGCUCCAGAAUGUGAGAGCAAUAUCUGCCCAGAGGCUCACAGUGAGAGUGGAGGGCAAGUUGAGGAACUUGUCCUCCCAAACACAGAAGAUCAUAAUGUAUGUCUGCCCCCUAUGUCUAAAGCCAAUACAUCAGGAAGUGAUCUGAGUGUUGACCAUGGGGAGAUGACACAACAGUUCUCUGAUGCCAAUAGUUGCAACUUUCUGACUAGUGAGGCUGCUUUUACUGGAAAUGUUCAAGUAGUGAGUAACAUUGACGAUGCCCCUGAGGCUGAAGUUGCUGAUAUAGUCUUUGAAUCCCCAGUUGAAGAAGACAAUCUAAAUAUAAAUGUGACAGCACAAUCGAAGCCAUUGACAGAGGCAUCACUUCCUCUGCUGGCCACAACAGCAAGCGACAAUUUGGACGUUCCCCCCACCAGUAGUGACCAUAGUUUACAUGAGCUUUGUGACUCACAAGUACCAGAAUGUGACAGAGAGGCAGCAUGUCCCACCUCAGCUGUGGAAGGAGCUGAGUCAGCAGUAAGUGAGAAUGGGGGAGUGUCUGAUGUGCUCAGCCAAGACUCUGCUAGCACACCUCAGUUACAGCAAGCAGCCAAUGCAGAGUCAGGCCUCUUACCCAAUGCAGAGUCAGGCCUCUUACCCAAUGCAGAGUCAGGCCACUUACCCAAUACAGAGUCAGGCCUCUUACCCAAUGCAGAGUCAGGCCACUUACCCAAUGCAGAGUCAGGCCUCUUACCCAAUGCAAACAUGAAUACCGUACCAUUGCCAAUAGAACCUUCAGCUCACUCUGUUGACAGUCCUGCACUCAAUCAUCUGCAGGAGUCUCCACUCAAUCAUCUGCAGGAGUCUCCACCUGGGGACAAGCAACCUGACACACCUCAGUGUCCAAACCCUACCCAAGCCAUCAGUAUUCCAGAACAGCGUGUCCCUGCCUCAGCUGGUCCUGUAAGACCUGCAGCUUGUAACAGCAGCAAUUUGAGUAGUUUACUUUCAUCAGGACACUCAAACCUUUUGUCUAGCAGUUCCAGCCCUUCUCCUCAAUCAUCUCCAGCCAGAGUUUUAUCUCAGGCCAUUGAGCCAGAUCAGUUGCAGAGAGAGUUGGCUCUGGCUUUACAGAGUGAUGAUGAGGAUGAGUUGUUACAUGAACUAGAUGCUGAACUGCUUUCUCGCUCACGAAGCAAGUCUCCCCAACCAGCCUCACCAUUGAGGAGAAAAGACGUGAGCUCCCCCUCAAAUGGCCUGCAGUCAACAUUUGACAUCAGACAGCUGCAGGCAUUGAACCAUCAGCUCCUUGACCAGCUCAAGAUUAGGGACGAUGAGAUCUCUAGAUUGACCAGUGAAAGAGAUGCACAAAGACGGGAACUUUCCCAAGCUGUGUCACAGCAUAAUGAACAAGAGAAGCAAACAAGUGCUGAUGAUCUCUAUCUUCCACAAAUUAAAGAGUUAGAAAAAACAAUAGCACAGCAGGAGAAAGAUUUGAAGUUGUUGAAAGAAAAGCUAUCUUCCCAUGAUAAUGCUGCAAAAAGAACUAUUUCAGCUCUACAGAAUGAGUUGAAGUCAAGAGUUGAGCAGGUGACCAAGAUGUAUGAAGAAUGUCUGAAGGAAAAAGACAUGAUGGUUGUGAAGUUUGCUGAAUCUGAGGCCAAGUACAUGGAUCUUAGGCGCAUCCUAGAGAGGAACGAGGCCAAGUUCAAAGAAGCUAUCAAAGAGAAAGACACAAUGGCAGGCGCACUCAAGGCAGCAAAAUCUGAUAAACAAAAACUCGUUGUUGGCUUUGAAACAAAGUGUUUAGAAAUCAGCAACCUACAGAAGGAAAUAGAGAAACUGAAGGAGGCUGUGAGUUCUUCAGAGUACAGAAUUAAAUGGUUCCAGAACAAGUUGAAAGAGGAACUGGACCAGCACAAGGAAACAAAAGGAAACCUAGAGAAAACUUCAGCCAAGCUCAAGGAAGCAAGGGAGGAAACUGAGAUGAUCAGGCUGGAAUGUCAAUCUAUAGUUAAAAGAUACCAGGAAUCCGAAGAAAUCAAGUCCAACAGUUUGGAUAAAGAGUUGAAGAUAAAAGAAACUGAACUCAGAACACAAAUGCAGGAGAAGAAUGAUACAGAGGAGAUUCAUCAAAUGACUAAAAAAGAACUUGAUUCAUUAAAAUCUCAACACAAAGACAUUAUAGAAGAAGCUAAAACGUUAAAAGAUAAGGUUCAUUGUCUAGAGGAGGAGAGACAACAGAAUCACAGGAUGAUUGAGAACUAUCAGGAGAUCAUGCAGCGCCAGAAAACAGAGAACGCCAGCUUGAGAUCACAGAUCACCACAUUGUCUGCUUUAGAGGACGACUACAAAAGGGCUCAGGAGAUGAUUAUCAGCUUGGACCAGGAUAUGAGUGACCUGAAGGUGACCAACAAAGACCUACACAAGGACAUGGAGUCCUGUAGAGAGAGGGAGUCUAAGCUCCUCACCCUGCAAUCAGAACUCAGCAGAACUAAUGCACUUCUUCGAUCUGAAAACUCCAAUUUUAGCAAUAAGGUAACUUUACUGACCAGUGAAGUGGAUAAACUGAAUGCUGUUGUUGUGGAGCUGGAAAGCCAUGUCAGAGAACUGAGUGAUAAAUAUGAAGAGGAAAAGACAAAAAGGAAAGAGGAAAUAGAAAAAUUGAGUGCCUCUCUUGCAGAAAGAAACCAAGAAUGUCAAGACUUGAAGCAGAAGUGGGAGGAUGAGAUUGACAGCAGUAAGACCCUCAAACGUCGACAUGCCAAUAAUAUUAAGGACCUAACACGCCAACUACAGCAGGCCAAGAGAAAAUUAGAAAGUUUUGAAGGUAAAGGAGAUUCAGGAAGCAUGGGAUCACGCACCAACUCCAAUGGUAGCCUCAACUCUAUAGACAACAGUCAACAUUCCACACAUCAUCCAGUCCAGGAAUUCCAUGUAAUAACAGAACAAGUAGAAGUGGAUAAGCAGGUCCUGAUUGAGAGAAUUGUUCGCCUACAGAAGGCCCACGCUCGCAAGAAUGAGAAGUUAGAGUUCCUGGGAGAACACAUACAACAGCUGCUGGAAGAAAUUAAAAAGAAAAACAAAAUUAUCCAGACGUACGUGUUGAGAGAGGAAGCUGGAACCUUAUCGUCUGAGGACAUGGAUGCUAACAAGGAAAAACUCAAUGCUAUGUAUAAGGCGGAGGUUCAGAAGGAGAUACAGAGCCUGCUGGCCCGUAAAGGUGGCAUCAUGGCCUCAGUGUACUCAGUCCACCAGCAGGAUGGGACCAUGACCCUUGACCUGUCACUGCAGAUCAACAGGAAGCUUCAGGCCGUCUUAGAGGACACACUGCUCAAAAAUAUAACACUCAAGGAAAAUCUGGACACUUUAGGAGAAGAGAUAGCCAGACUUUCUCAGGAGAAUAGGAGGCUACAGCUUCAUCUACAAGAGUUGGAGCGUCAUUGAUGUAGCUACAGCUACAAGAUUUGGAGCUUCAUUGAUGUAGCUACAGCUACAAGAGUUGGAGCGUCAUUGAUGUAGCUACAGCUACAAGAUUUGGAGCAUCACUGAUGUAGCUACAGCUACAAGAGAUAAUGUAGCAGAUCAUUGCUGCAUAAACUGGCUAACAUCCAUCACAUAUGUGAUCAUGUUUUAUUUUGUUGAAUGUUUAGCAUUCAUUCCAAUACCCAAGUGUUAUUUAGUUUUCAUUUAUUUUUAAAAAAAGCAAGUAGCAAACAUUUGGUAACAGUAGCACACAGCUAAUGUUUUUAGACGUGUGAGCUAGAUAAUCCUGAUGUAUGUUGUCAAGUAAUUUAUUUGUACAAACAUUGAAUGGAACAAGCUAUGUAACAAUUGCUGCUCACAGUUUUAUCAUAUCUUGUUGGGAUUGACCUCAGUUGUUUACACUUGUGCAAUGUGUGACUCCAAUGUUGACAUUUUUCUGGGGACUUAACUUAGUCCACUCUGUGGGAGGGGGGGGGGGGGGGGAAGUUUCUUGUUGCUCAUGUUUGACAUGAUGGGAUGUGCAAUGACUCAUGUACCAGAUAAAUUAACCUACAACAUAUAAUGAUCUAUCCAGCCCUGUGACGCUUUAUGGCAUCUAUUUAUGUUGGGCAUUUGCACAAUAUUUUGUACAAGUAGAGUUAACACCGACACUGGAAUUACUGUCUGUUUAAAGUUUUUUAUUUAUUCUAUAAAGUAAUUUUUGUCUGUUUAAAAUGUCAUGUACUGUAUAAUGUAGUCUUUGUCUGUUUAAAAUGUCAAAUUCUAUAAAGUAAUUUUGUGGUUAAAAUGUCAUUUUAUUCUAUAAUGUAGUUUUUGUCAGUUUAAAAUGUUAUAUAUUCUAUAAUGUAAUUUUUGUCCUUUUAAAAUGUCAUUUUAUUCUAUACUAUAAUGUAGUUUUUGUGUUUAAAAUGUCAUGUACUCUAUAAUGUAGUUUUUGUCUGUUGAAAAUGUCAAGUAUUCUAUAAUGUAAUUUUUGUCGGUUUAAAAUGUCAAUAUUCUCUAUUGCAGUGGUUCUUAACCAGUGUUUUCUAACCCCCAUGGGUUCUUUGAGUCAGUUUCAGGGGUUAGUGGAGGUCAAGACACACUCCUGACCCAAGAUUAGCUAUAAGAUUUUUUGUGUGCAUACAAUAGACCGAGCUGCCUUCAACAAUUACAGUUCAAAUGCUCAACAUGGUAAUAAAGUGCACCAGUGCAAGACAACAUGCACAGUAAAGUGACGACACAACAAACAUACAUCACAAGUCAGGUCGACACACUUAUACUGGCUCCCGUUGAUCAAGUAUAUACAUGCUCUGACACACUCUUUUUAUUUCUAUUCUGUGACCCAGCCCUCUAUUUGUGACAGUCGUGAUGGAACGUCAUGUGAUUUCUUUCUGAAAUUUUAACCCCUUGAUAUACUCACUAUGGUCAGACAAACGUACAAUAAGGUUUCACAACUUGAUGUGAUUCAGCAUCCUUACUGCUAGAUUUGUAAUGUUAAAGUAGAGAUAACUUCCUUAAUUUGCAUGGGGAUGGAAAAUACAAAAACAUAACAUAGUGUCUGAAAUACAACACCAGAAAUUACACUGAUUUGCAGUAAAUAUUUAUUUUCAUGUUUUUAUGUAAAAAAACAUACUUUAAUGGUUUUGUUCUUUGAACACUGUGAUGUUGAUGCACUGUUUUGUGCACCAGAAAAAAAUAAACCUGUAACUUGAACUUAAAAACAAUCAUAUUUUAUUUUUCUAUUAACAAGGGUUCAGUGAUUGGCUGUAUGAGCAUGGUUGGGUUCUGUACCCCCAAAAAGGUUAAGAGUCACUGCUAUAGUGUAAUUUAGUCCAUUUAAAAUGUCAUGUAUUCUAUAAAGUAAUUUUUGUCUGUUUAAAAAGUCAGGUAUUGUAUAAUGUAAUUUUUGUCUGUUUGAAAUGUCAUGUAUUCUAUAUAAUAUAAUUUUUGUCUGUUUGAAAUGUCAUGUAUCCAAUAAUGAUGUAACUGUUGUAUUUUCUCAUUAAUUUUACUGGACCAUAUAGUAGGAGAAACUUGAGAUCAUGAAAGAACACCAUGCAUUUCUACAAGUUUUUUCCUACAUAUAUGUACAUAGGAGGUGAUAUUGUGGAUCUAAUUUUUCCAUGUUUUUUAAACACUUGUGUUUAUUUAUGUUUACAAGACUUCUUUUAUUAAUUUAUUCAUGUUUUCUAAAGAUUUCAAUUUCUGGAAUGUAAAUUAUGCAAAUAUUCUGUUCUCCAUCACUGGACCAUACACUGCCUGGUAUUGACAAAAUUGACCAAUUCAAAUUAAAAUGGUCAUUACGUCAGACUCUAUUUAGUUUGGCAGGGGAAUCAGUUGUAUGUCGCAGGUUAUACUGUGUGUGUUGCAGGUUAUACUGUGUGUGUUGCAGGUUAUACUGUGUGUGUUGCAGGGUAUACUGUGUGUGUUGCAGGCAUGUCCUUUGUGUGUCACUGGCAUCCUGUGGUCAGGUAUCCUGUGUUGAGAAUAAGAUGCUGUAUAAUGUGGAGUUGUUGAAAGGUGUGUCCAUUUGGUUCUGUUUCCAUUAGCAAGGUUGUGCUUUACUUUAUGUCCAGAUGUUUAGACAUUUGGUCGCAGUCUUGUCCUGUUGUUGUAAGGACAUUAUUGUCUGUGAUACAGUGCUCUAUUAAAUUAAUUUGAGACAAA